CCGCCGGUUCAGUCCGUUACCCACCGUCAUCCGGCGAGCAUUUCGCACUCGCGUGUUCGUCAAUUGUCGAUUGUCGAUUGUCGAUGUUAUUAUUAUUAUUAUUAUGAUCAUCGAUUAGAAUUAUAGUUUAUUAUUUUUGCGUUCUCGUUCGCGACGGUGUAUACUAAUACUAUAAAUUGUUGUUGUUUUAUUCGUCCGUCGGAUUUGUUUAUUUUUCAACCAACUCGACCACGUCAUGUUUUCGCCUACUCCGUCGCCGAUUUCGCGGACCGUAACAUACAGAAAGAUAACAAAACCGUUAUUGGAACGAAAGCGCCGCGCUCGCAUCAACCGGUGUUUGGAUGAGUUAAAGGAUCUAAUGUUUUCUGCUUUAGAGGCUGAAGGUGAAAAUGUCGAUAAACUCGAAAAGGCAGACAUUUUGGAAUUUACCGUUAAACAUCUUCAAAAGAUUACUAGAAGAGAUCCCGUAGAAGAAGCUUAUAAAUUUCAAGAAGGAUUUAGCCACUGUGCCAGCGAAGCUUGCAGUUUCCUAUUGUCGCUGCCGGGCUUGGACUCUGUGGUCGGCCGCCGGCUGGUCGAGUACCUGGCCAAGUCGGUGUCCCGCGCGCUCGAAUCUCAACUGCCGGCCGCCGCCGCCGCAGCCACCGCGGCCGCGGCCGCAGCGAUGGCCGCUACUGACAAGCGGGCUGUCGCCACCGCCAGUGAAGACCGAACUCCGCCGCAGCCGCCCGACAACACGCCGCCAACACCGCCACCGUCAGCCGCGGCCGCGACGGUCCUCGCGCUUCCAUGCCCAGUUGGCAGCACCGUCGCUGGCGACAUCGCAACCACCGGCACCACCGUCCACUUUGCUGCCAUCGCCGCCGCCUCGCCGACGCUAAAACCCGUCGCCCUGAACGCAUCCAAUCGUGGCCCACCGCAUACGGUUAUCAGGCCCAAACCCACCAGGCCUGCGUUCGGCCGGUCCCCACCGACUCUGCAGCAAGACGCCGCAGCCGCAGCCGCCGCUGCCGCCCUCCGCGAUCCCAUGUGGCGGCCGUGGUGAUCCGUAAACUUUUUGCGGCCGUGGCCACACCACGUACUCACUGCCACCUGCUGAACGCUUAUUGCCAUCCAGUGCGGCGGACGACUCGUGCAGAAGAGCAUCAAAAUCGCCAGCCAUGUACCUAUAUUUAUUAUAAAUUUUGAUAUUUUAUACAUAAUAUAAGGCCGAAUAAAUAGACUAUGUAGGUAGUCGUAAAUCUUUUCUUAAUUUGGGCGGGGAGAGGGUGAGUUAGGACCGCAUAAGUCCCCUAUCUCCCGAUAUCCACCCAUGUGUUAGACUGUUAGAGCCGCGGCAGUGCAAGUUUCGUGGUUUUUCGUUUAUUUUAUAUACUUUGUUUUGCGUGUUUAUUUUUUGGAACAACUAUCACAAAAGUUCACAAUUUUAUUAUUAUAAUAUUAUAAUUAAUGAUUGUCAUGUAUAAAAUGUUUGACGUAGCAACUAUUUUCGUGUCUUUUAGAAUGACAUUUUAAUAACUUUAUUUUGAUUUUCAAGGGAAUACAAUAUUUUGGGGAGAGCGCCGAGGGGGUAUUUGUUAAAAGUACGAAAUAUCUGCUAUCGUUUGAUUUGGUGCGAUAUCGUACGGUAAUUUAUUAUGUUUUCAGUUUUUGUAAAUAUAUUAUACAUUAUUUAUAUUAUUAUUAUUUGUAUUAUCACUACUAUUAUUUUUAUUAUUAUUAUUAUUAUAAUUAUUAUAUGAGUACCAAUAUACGUUGUAGAAACGUAUAUUAUAUUUUAUGCUUGAUUUUAUUUUAUGUUAUUAAUAUGGUUAUUGUAUUAAGUUCGUGAGUGUUUGUGUGUGUUGGUUUCGAUCGAGUUGUGUGUAUAAUAUAUCAUUAGUCUAUCUCGAUAGUACUAUAUAAUGUGCUUUAAUGAUGAUCUCAUCAACGACGUUACUCGAUCGGUGUGUACGUAAAAUGUAAUUAUUGAAAUCGUAAUAAUGUUAUUAUCGACGGGAUACCGAUCGCUUGUGCAUUGAUUUAAUACGAAUAAGUAUAAUAUGUACUCUAUUUAUUUUUAUUUUCUUAGCCGUGGCUGAAACGCCUAGGUAACGAAUUUCGACUGUAAAUAUUAUAACAAUAUAAUAUAUAACACCUAAUACUAUA